ACACCGCGACCCGGGCCGUGCUCCGCGCCCGGUGUGGCAGCGGGGGACACGGGGGGACACGGGGGAUGUGUGUCAGCGCCGCUGCAGCCGCGGCAUCCGCUGUCAGCACAAAGCCUGAAUGGCUGUGGAGCAGCUGAAGAAAGGUGACGGAGCCCCAGCGCAGAGUCCCCUACACCGCUUUUCUUGUCCCCAGCUCCUGCCGGCCCUGGGGCAUCCUCCUGCCCGCUGGAUGUGCUUCAUGCCGUCCCACUGCCCAGCGAAGUACCUGUGUCCCCUGGGUGCCCCUGUGCCCGGGGCUGCUCCAGUCCUCCGGGCCUCGCCCCGCCCAAGGAGGGACCGGGGUCUGGGCAGGGAUGCCCACGGCAAGGAGUCACUGGACAGUGCCCAUGGAGCACGCCAGGGGUGGCCUGGAGGGAACAGCGAGCAGAUGGCAGGGCGGGCCGAGCUGACAAUCCCCUAAUCCCAUCAACGCCGCGGGGGCUGAGCAGAGCCGAGCUGGGCCAUGGCGGGCACACGGGCACACGGGCAUCUCCUGCACCCGCUGCUCUUCCAGGUCUGCUGCGGUUGUCACGGGCUCCGUGUGUCCACGAGCACGCGUAUCCUUUACACGCUCCUGCAUGUCCUGGCCUCUGCCGUGUGCUGCCUCAUGUUGUCCCGCACUGUGGCCCAGGCUAUCACGGAGAAGGUGCCCUUCUCAGUGGUGCUGUGCCAACACCUGCCAGGGGGCACAGACUGUGAGCAGCUGGUGGGUUCCUCGGCCGUGUAUCGGGUCUGUUUUGGUACUGCCUGCUUCCACCUGGCACAGGCUGCCCUGCUGCUCAACGUGCGCUCCAGCUCUGACUGCCGUGCGCAGCUCCACAAUGGGUUCUGGCUCCUGAAGCUGCUGGUGCUGGUGGGCCUCUGGGCCGCCAGCUUCUUCAUCCCUGAGGACAACUUCAUCCAAGCCUGGCACUACAUAGGUGUCUGUGGGGGCUUUGCCUUCAUCCUCAUCCAGCUGGUGUUGAUCACAGCCUUUGCGCACACCUGGAACAAGAACUGGCUGACAGGUGCUGCACAGGACAAGCGCUGGUAUCUGGCCGUGCUGCUAGCCACGGCCACCUUCUACACCCUUGCCUCUGCCGCCUUCUCCUUCCUCUACAAGUUCUACACCCACCCAGCCGCCUGCCACCUCAACAAAGCACUGCUUGCCAUCAAUGGCAGCCUCUGUGGCAUCAUGUCCUUCAUCUCCAUCACACCGUGUGUGCGGCUCAAGCAGCCACGGUCAGGGCUGCUGCAGUCCUCAAUCAUCAGCUGCUAUGUGAUGUACCUAACCUUCUCCGCACUUUCCAGCCGUCCCCCGGAGAGAGUGCUGUACAAGGGGCAGAACCUCACUGUCUGCUUCCCGGGGGUUCGGCAGGAUGAGCUGCAGACUGAGGACACCACGGUCGCCGUGCUGGGCGCUGCUAUCAUGUAUGCCUGCGUGCUCUUUGCAUGCAAUGAAGCCUCAUACCUUGCUGAGAUCUUUGGACCCCUCUGGAUGGUCAAAGUCUACAGCUUUGAGUUUAAAAAACCUUCCUGCUGCUUCUGCUGCCCUGAGAAGAUGGAGGAGGAGCUGAGAGGCACCGACCAGACAUGUGAGCAAGUAGAAGAGAAUGCCAAGGGACAGUUCAUCAUCCAGGAUGAACAGGACCGGGUGGUCUACAGCUACUCAGCUUUCCACUUUGUCUUCUUCCUUGCCUCGCUCUAUGUUAUGAUGACACUCACCAACUGGUUCAGCACCGUCGCAGCAGUACAGGGCCACGCAUCGUGCGGCGCCGACGUACUCCACAGCGCAUCAAUGUCUCCACGUAGUCCCUGCCAGGACAAACUGUGCCCAGGACUGGUCCCUGCCGUGCCCUGGCCCUGCUUGGUCCUCCUGGCCUCCUCUCACCCCCUGUCCCAGGAGACAGCAGCAUCCAAGAGCUGAGGGGAACAUGGGAGGUGGAUGCACCCAGGGAUACCGACCCUGUGCUGAGCCAGGGCCACCCAAAGGGCCAGAGCAAGCUGGUGGCAGGUGCUCAGCCCACAGCCUGGUUGCCCUGGCCCCACUGGGUGCACUGGGGGAGCAGGGCCCUGCCAUGGCAGCCACUGCUGUGGUGCAUUCACUGUAAAUACCCCCUUAAAUACAUUUUUAUAUAAAACUCUGAA